GCGAAGCUAUUGAGCCAGCGAGGAGUGAAGCUGAUCCUGGCCUCACACGCUCCUAGAGGACCACCUCCUGGGAGAGUUCUUUCACCCCCUCUUCUUUCUCCAAGCUCCCCUCCUGCUCUCCCUCCCUGCCCAAUACAAUGCAUUCUUGAGUGGCAGCGUCUGGACUCCAGGCAGCCCCAGAGAACCGAAGCAAGCCAAAGAGAGAGGACUGGAGCCAAGACACUGGUGGGGGAGAUUGGAUGCCUGGCUUUCUUUGAGGACAUCUUUGGAGCGAGGGUGGCUUUGGGGUGGGGGCUUGUGCUGCAGGGAAUACAGCCAGGCCCCAAGAUGGACACUUCUGGGCACUUCCAUGACUCUGGGGUUGGGGACCUGGAUGAAGACCCCAAGUGCCCCUGUCCAUCCUCUGGGGAUGAGCAGCAGCAGCAGCAGCAGCAGCAGCAGCAACAGCAGCAGCAGCAGCCACCACCGCCAGCGCCACCAGCAGCCCCCCAGCAGCCCCUGGGACCCUCGCUGCAGCCUCAGCCUCCGCAGCUUCAGCAGCAGCAGCAGCAGCAGCAGCAGCAGCAGCAGCAGCCACCGCAUCCCCUGUCUCAGCUCGCCCAACUCCAGAGCCAGCCCAUCCACCCUGGCCUGCUGCACUCCUCUCCCACCGCUUUCAGGCCCCCCCCUUCGUCCAACUCCACCGCCAUCCUCCACCCUUCCUCCAGGCAAGGCAGCCAGCUCAAUCUCAAUGACCACUUGCUUGGCCACUCUCCAAGUUCCACAGCUACAAGUGGGCCUGGCGGAGGCAGCCGGCACCGGCAGGCCAGCCCCCUGGUGCACCGGCGGGACAGCAACCCCUUCACGGAGAUCGCCAUGAGCUCCUGCAAGUAUAGCGGUGGGGUCAUGAAGCCCCUCAGCCGCCUCAGCGCCUCCCGGAGGAACCUCAUCGAGGCCGAGACUGAGGGCCAACCCCUCCAGCUUUUCAGUCCUAGCAACCCCCCGGAGAUCGUCAUCUCCUCCCGGGAGGACAACCAUGCCCACCAGACCCUGCUCCAUCACCCUAAUGCCACCCACAACCACCAGCAUGCCGGCACCACCGCCAGCAGCACCACCUUCCCCAAAGCCAACAAGCGGAAAAACCAAAACAUUGGCUAUAAGCUGGGACACAGGAGGGCCCUGUUUGAAAAGAGAAAGCGACUGAGUGACUAUGCUCUGAUUUUUGGGAUGUUUGGAAUUGUUGUUAUGGUGAUAGAGACCGAGCUCUCUUGGGGUUUGUACUCAAAGGACUCCAUGUUUUCGUUGGCCCUGAAAUGCCUUAUCAGUCUGUCCACCAUCAUCCUUUUGGGCUUGAUCAUCGCCUACCACACACGUGAAGUCCAGCUCUUCGUGAUCGACAAUGGCGCGGAUGACUGGCGGAUAGCCAUGACCUACGAGCGCAUCCUCUACAUCAGCCUGGAGAUGCUGGUGUGCGCCAUCCACCCCAUUCCUGGCGAGUACAAGUUCUUCUGGACGGCGCGCCUGGCCUUCUCCUACACACCCUCCCGGGCGGAGGCCGAUGUGGACAUCAUCCUGUCUAUCCCCAUGUUCCUGCGCCUGUACCUGAUCGCCCGAGUCAUGCUGCUGCACAGCAAGCUCUUCACCGAUGCCUCGUCCCGCAGCAUCGGGGCCCUCAACAAGAUCAACUUCAACACCCGCUUCGUCAUGAAGACGCUCAUGACCAUCUGCCCUGGCACUGUGCUGCUCGUGUUCAGCAUCUCUCUGUGGAUCAUUGCUGCCUGGACUGUCCGUGUCUGCGAAAGUCCUGAAUCACCAGCCCAGCCUUCUGGCUCAUCACUUCCUGCUUGGUACCAUGACCAGCAGGACGUAACUAGUAACUUUCUGGGUGCCAUGUGGCUCAUCUCCAUCACAUUCCUUUCCAUUGGUUAUGGGGACAUGGUGCCCCACACAUACUGUGGGAAAGGUGUCUGUCUCCUUACUGGCAUCAUGGGUGCAGGCUGCACUGCCCUUGUGGUGGCCGUGGUGGCCCGAAAGCUGGAACUCACCAAAGCAGAGAAGCACGUUCAUAACUUCAUGAUGGACACUCAGCUCACCAAGCGGAUCAAGAAUGCUGCAGCCAAUGUCCUUCGGGAAACAUGGUUAAUCUAUAAACACACAAAGCUGCUAAAGAAGAUUGACCAUGCCAAAGUCAGGAAACACCAGAGGAAGUUCCUCCAAGCUAUCCACCAGUUGAGGAGCGUCAAGAUGGAGCAGAGGAAGCUAAGUGACCAAGCCAACACACUGGUGGACCUUUCCAAGAUGCAGAAUGUCAUGUAUGACUUAAUCACGGAACUCAAUGACCGGAGCGAAGACCUGGAGAAGCAGAUUGGCAGCCUGGAGUCAAAGCUGGAGCAUCUCACCGCUAGCUUCAACUCCCUGCCUCUGCUCAUCGCCGACACCCUGCGCCAGCAGCAGCAGCAGCUCCUGUCUGCCAUCAUCGAGGCCCGGGGUGUCAGCGUGGCAGUGGGCACCACCCACACCCCAAUCUCCGAUAGCCCCAUUGGGGUCAGCUCCACCUCCUUCCCGACCCCAUACACAAGUUCAAGCAGUUGCUAAAUAAAUCUCCCCACUCCAGAAGCAUUACCCAUAGGUCUUAAGAUGCAAACCAACUCUCUCCUGGUCGCUUUGCCAUCAAGGAACAUUCAGACCAGGGAACGGAAAGAAGAGAGACCGAGCUAAUUAACUAACUCAUGUUCAUUCAGCGUGCUUGGUCCGACAUGCCUUGAAACCAGAAAUCUAAUCUCUGUUUAGGUGCCUCUACUUGGGAGCGGGAAGAGGAGAUGACAGGAAGCGACGCCUCUGGCAGGGCCCUUGCUGCAGAGUUGGUGGAGAACAGAAAUCCACGCUCAAUCUCAGGUCUUCACGCGGGGGGUGGGGGUCAGAUGCACUGAAGUAGCCAACAGUGAAGCCAGUCCAGAAGAGGGGUCCCCUGGGAGAGGGGGAGUCGUGUCAGGCUUGGGGGAUGGGCUCUUCGCCAUGGGGGUCUUUGAACACACCUCUCUCCUUUCCUUUUGUCUACGGAAGCCUCUGGGUGACAAAAGUAAAAGAGAGCUGCCCACAACUUGCCAAAACAGAUAUACCCAAAUCAGACUGAGAAAAAAAAAAAAAAAAGACACAGACAAAUAAAAAGCCAGAUUUUCCACUCAAUAUUAAUACCCACAUAAACCUGUGUGUUUGCAAACGUGUACAUGUACACACAUACACAUCCCACAUUCGGUUCACGUCCUUUCUUAUUUGAGCUUAAUCCAAAUAAAAAAGGACUUGACACCUUACCCUACACACAAUAGGCACCCCUUACAUGUGUGUUGAGUUGGUUUGAAUCUGAACAUGGGGUGCUUUCAGUUCAGGUAGUUAGCUAGUUCUGGCCACAUUCUGAGUCUUACUGAAGAUGUGGGUCCCUUC